AUGCAAAAGGAUGACAAGGAGGUGAGGGUGGCGAUGAACCUGCAGGACCCGCCCUAUGGCUGCCUCACCAACGGCGCGCACUACCCUUUCACGCUCAAGGGCAAGACUUGGCCCACAGUGGACCACUACUUCCACGCGCAAAAAUUUGCCGGUACGCCGCUGGAGGAGACCAUCCGGCGGUGCAAGACGGCCAAGCAGGCCGGACGGGCCAAAGGCGCGCCCGUGCGCCAGGACUGGGACAAGAUACGCCACAACGUCAUGUAUGAGGCGCGUGCUCCCAACCAACCAUUGGAGGCGCGCGGCCUGAUGGCCAAGUUCAAGCAACACGCGGGUCCGCGUCGGGUGCUGCGAUCCACUGGCACGGCCACCAUCGUCGGCCUCAUGGGCAAAGGCACAGGACUUCUGGGGCGCGGGGAAGGACGGUAA